UUGAGAAAGGAUGCUGAGCCGAGUGUCGUAGUUCGGAGAUACCUGGAUGGAAAAGUGAUUUGCCGUUGGUGUGAUGCCUGAAUGACUUACCUGUGUCAUGUCUUUAUCUGAACUGAAAACGGAGUGAAUAUCGUUAGUUGUGAAGUGUUAUUCGGAGCGUCAUGUUCUGAGAGUAAAUUUUUGGGUUGUUGUGGUCAGUGGACAGUUACUCAAAGAUAUUCAAGUGCAAAACGAAGUUUGGAUUAAGAUCGACUGCAAAAUUUGCAAUGGUGAUCUGUGAUUGACCGAUAUUUGAGUGAUUGCAAAGAAAAUCAAACAAUACAUUCGAGUGCAAACAAAGUGACAAAAUACAAGAAGUGACAUUUCUGCGGAGCACGGAUAUUAUUCAAACAAGAAAAAUAACACACGAGUAGACUAAAAUGAAGACCGAGUUCAAAUCCUGCCGAGGAUGCUCGGAAGCGAUCACCGAUCGAUUCAUGCUGGAGAUGAGUGGCUGCGCGUGGCACGCAUCGUGCCUCCAAUGCAGCGUGUGCUACCGCCCGCUCGAACGCGAGGUAUCAUGCUACUUCAAGGACGGCGAGGUGUACUGCAAGCAGGACUAUGUCAGAAAAUACCAAACCAGCUGCGCUAAGUGUUCGCGUCCGAUAUCGCCCACCGAUUGGGUGCGGAGGGCGCGUAACUUUGUGUUCCAUUUGGCGUGCUUUGCGUGCGAUUCCUGCGAGCGACAGCUCUCGACGGGGGAACAGUUUGUCAUCAUCGACGAUCGGGUGCUGUGCAAAACCCACUACAUGGAGCUCAUUGAUGACGGAACGACGUCCAGCGAGGAUGGUUGCGACGUCGAUGGCAACGGAAAGAACAAAACCAAACGAAUCCGGACGACUUUCACCGAGGACCAGAUUCAGAUCCUGCAGAACAACUUCCAGAUCGAUAGCAAUCCCGAUGGGCAGGAUCUGGAGCGGAUAGCGCUGGCGACCGGGUUGAGCAAGCGAGUCACCCAAGUGUGGUUCCAAAAUUCGAGGGCACGCCAGAAAAAGCACGGUGAGAUUCAUUUCCCAACCAUGCCCCAGCAGAGUGCUAAUCAGUGUGUAUCAUUUGCAGUACCCCGCGGUCAAGAACUGCUCAACGGGUUCCGUUCGGACAUGAACAACAAUAGCAGUGGUAACGACAGUCCGGGAGCGGUCCCAAUGGGGGAAGAAUGUGCCAUGGCCAAAGCCUCAAUAUUCAACCACCAUGGAUUCAUCAACCUUAUGGUGUGACAUGAGGUGAACGGACACCAUUCGAUGGGUGGUCUCGACCAUCAACAGCAGCAGCAACGGGUCAGCUUUUCUUGAGGAUAGCUGGCCUCUGGGUGGGCACUCGUGAAGCCUUCUGAAUAUUCCGGGCAAAACGUGUGAUACGAUUGUUCUUUCGCAACCCAACGAAAAAAAAAAUAAUUCCAGGACAACAUAGGGGAUCUUUUAUAUGGCUUAGAGCAACCAACUCAAGGGAUUCGACGGAAGUUUGGUUCGCUCUUACUCACAAUACCAAAGGAGAAAUUCGUAGUUCCUAACGCUUGGAACGUAAUUCAUCGUUGCAGAGUUUCAUGUGUUUGUGGCGGUUUCUACGCGCGAUGGCGAUAGAUAUGGUGCUUAGCUUAGAUGAAAUCAAGUUUUAUUUAUCAUUUUUUUUAAAAAAAAGUUUGUAAAUAUAGUUGAUAUUAAUAAAUAACGAUUAUGAGUGAU